AGUCGGAAAUUAGCCCGUCCUCUGCUUUCGUGACACUGCCGCUUUGCCACGCGGCGUGUGGCCCAUCCAGUUAUGACAUAUGACUCUGCCUGGCUGUGGCACGGAGGCACAAAGCGGGUGCGGCGCACCCGCAUAUAAGCCUUCGUGGGCUAGUGGACCCUCCUAGGAAGUCAUCCCAGACCAAAUCCCUGCCUCUGCACGCCACUGCGUACCAACUGGUCGACAUCUUGCGAGGCCUUCAUACCACAAUGAUCAUCUCCCGAAGCAGGACUCAAGCUAAUCAAGCUUCGAGCAGUCUGCGAAGCUCUGCCCGACACCCCCAAUAUGACCGCCACCGCUCUCGUACACGUCGCCGAUUCACCGAAUACAUCAGAAGUGGAGCGAGAGCACUAUUUGAUGCCUUGAACACCCUCUCUGUGGCGUUCGCAUCCAUCGACAGCGGGAUCAGUUCCCCCAGCGUGAGUCCUGCGAUCAGAUUCGUUCGGGAGCCCACUCCAGAAGGCGAGUUCUUCGACGUCGUCGAGGAGACGGGCGACGCUGGCUGUAACCAAGUCAAUGGGGACACUGCCAACGAUCCCGACGCGGAGCUCCAGAUCCAGCACCCCCAGCCUCUGGUCGCCUUGGGAUCACAGCCACAGCCGCCGCCGACGGCGUCUGGCUCAAACGCCGCAGAUGACAACAACGUUGUUGUGAACGGACUUGCGCUCGUACCCCUCCCAAUUGCAAGACGCACUAUCCGCAGGAGAGACGGAAGGGUUGUUACCCCACAUCCACCAUGGCAAAUACCUCCGAUGAUCACCGUGAGUCGUUCCUUAGGCGAUGCUCCCAACAUGCGCCCCACCUCGCAGCGACGGCGUGUCCCGAUACGACGUGAAGGGGCCUUUCAUGAACGCUGGAUGCCGAUUGAUUCGCCCGAGCGACGGCUAGUUGCGGGUCGAGACCCUUCCACGCUCUACGAGAAUCUCGUUUGGGAUGUACAGUGGGGCCCCAUCCCCAGGCUCACCGAUAUCGCCGAAGACAGCAACGUCCGGCCUACCACCCAACAAGUAUUAGAUUACCUGAAUCAACGAUUCAGGUUUAAUCGUCGUGCAUACAAUACCGCACUCGAUGUCCUCUUCCCUCCGGAGGGCAGAGAAAGCCGGGAUCCCGAGCUGAUAGGUCGAGAACCCGCGUUCCAACGGGUGGCGCCCACAGCGCUCUGGCGCCAAGAUUCAGAUUGGGAAGGCGGCAUCGUCCCCGUCGACCGCGAAUGGGGCCCGUCUCAAGCAGACGACGCCGCGGAUCCAGAAGCGGAGCCGUAUGAACCGGACGAAUACGAGGAGGACAACAUGUCCGAAUUCACCGACGAGGAGCUCUUAGCCAUCUCCAGACACGUCACUGCGUGCCUCGCAGCGAGGCAAGGAGCCGUGCCCAUCUCCGCCCAGCCUUCUGCCUCGUUGUACGCAUCAUCCUCCUCCUCGAGCCAGUUUACCUCGACAUCGCUUCUGGGACCUUCUUCGAUCACCCCUUCACCCUCUUCUCCGAGACGCAAGCGCUCGACCAGGGAGCACGGUGACUCCAGACUAUCACGGAAGUUGUCCACUUCCAUCGGCAGACCCUCCACGCGCAGACGGCUCACAUCGAGCUCGAAUUCUCGUGCGAAAGCCUCCGCGCUGCGUCUCGACAAGCGCAGCAAAUCGCUGAAGUGGCUACGGGCGAAGACACGUCAGAACCUGAAGAAAGCUGCGCCCGCCGGUUUGCACGAGCUUUCCGACGAUGCCUCCCUCGCCGGCCCCUCAUCUCUGCAUACGCUUGCGCAUGCCCGUCGUCGGACACGUGCUUCAAGCUCAAGCGCCUCCCCUACGCGCACGUUUGGCGCAGAAAGUGCGUCCUCUCGACAGCUCCGUCCCCGGCCGAAGCGGUCACGCGAUGAGGAUGAAGACCGGGACGAAACCUCAUCCAACCGCGACGACACCUCGCGUCGGAGCAAGAGAUCGCGUAGGAACUGAUGGUUCUGUGCGAGCCCUCUGUCUCUGUUCUAAACUCUUUGUUCGCCCUCGGCCGGUACUGUACAACAUCUGGUACCCGUUUUCGUUAGACGGCGCGUUUCCAUCUUCGAACUCUAAAUCUGCGAUGAUGUAGUCUUAGUUUAAUCGUGUGAUAUUCUGUGACGUGUACGCUUUGUAUCAUCUCGAUAAUUUGCCCGUCUCUGUGUAGGCAAUGAUGAUUGAUAACU